AUGGCUUCCCAAUCUUCUGUUGCUCAAGGCACAUCUGCCGAUCCAUCACAAUCCAACACAGACAUGGCUUCCAAUUCGGAGAAGGCCAUCACAGAUAAUGGCAUCCAAGCGACGGACAAGCGAGAGGAUGUUGUCUCUACGGGAUCUCUCAAGAUUGAGUCCGUGAACGGGAGGGCCCAGAUCUUGGGUGCUACACCGGAGGAAAUUCUCGAGGCAGAGGAGCAUGCGCGCACUAUGGACUUGGAUGAGGCGAGAAGGCGCGCCGAAACCCUGAUUUACCUUCAUGAGCACGACCCCAACUUCAGCUCAGAAUCCAUCAUGCGUAUUCAAGAAUUCCUGAGCAAUGAAGAUAUCUUUGCCAAUCCCCACAAACACGAAGAUCUCAUCACAGACAUCAAAACCGAGAUUUCACUUGUCACUAUCAACUCGCCCUACGCAGAAGUCCGCGCCGUAGUAAGCAACAAGGACGACCCAUCGACACCAGCUGGAACGAUUCGAGCCUGGACCAUUGGUUUGUUCUUCGUGAUCGUGCAGAGCUUCGUAAAUCAACUGUUCUCAGUGCGACAGCCGACUAUUCGACUUCAAGCCCCGGUCAUUCAACUCCUCUCAUUUCCACUGGGCAAAGCUUGGGAGAACUGGUUUCCAAAAGGCGAAUUUACGGUGUUUGGUCAAAAGUUGCAGCUCAAUCCUGGAAAGUUCAAUCAGAAGGAGCAUAUGCUGAUCUCGAUCAUGGCGAAUGUCUCGACGAGUUUGCCUCAUUCGCGAUACAUCAUUUUCACUAGUUGGUUGAAGAAGUACUUUGACUUGCCAUUUGCCGCCGAUUUUGGCUUCCAGAUUUGUCUUUCGCUGGCUAUGAACUUGCUGGGCUUCGGUCUUGCUGGACUGGCGCGCCGUUUCCUCGUCUACCCGUCAUUCUGUAUCUGGCCUCGCUCUCUCGCAACCAUCGCCCUCAACCAGAGUUUACACAACGAAUCUGGAAAUGCAAGCGUGCUUGGUCCCUUCAAGAAGAUGUACACCAUGUCCCGGUACCGCUUCUUUAUGCUAUCUUUCGCUGCCAUGUUCAUCUGGUUCUGGUUCCCCGACCUCAUAGCUUCAGCUUUGUCUCUAUUCAACUGGCUUGCAUGGAUCUCACCCAACAAUUUCACCCUCACAGCUAUCACCGGUGUAUCCAAAGGCCUUGGUUUCAACCCUCUUCCAACCUUUGACUGGAACGUUGCCACUUACUAUAUCGAUCCUCUGCUGGUCCCUUUCCAUGUCACUGUCAACAUGUUUCUCGGUGCUUUGUUGGGCGGUAUUACCAUCAUCGGGAUGUACUGGAACAACACGUACAACACUGGAUACCUCCCCAUCAACACAAACACCAUGUUCGAUCACACCGGCGCUAAGUACAACGUAUCUUCUAUCUUGGAUGAUCGCGGUCUGCUCGACGCAGAGAAGUAUCAGGCUUACAGCCAGGUCUAUAUCGCUGCGUCAUACGUCACAUACUACAUUUACUUCUUCGCCGUUUAUAGCGCGAUUAUCUCUUAUGCUGCUCUCUAUCACUGGAAUGACAUCAAGCUUGGUUUCGUGUCGCUCUGGCAAAGCUUCAAGAAGAAUAGCAAAAUUAAUGAGUUCAAGGAUAUUCAUACAAAGCUGAUGGAGCAGUACACCGAGGUUCCAGAGUGGUGGUAUCUAAUACUCAACCUCGUUGGAGUUGCUUUCGGCAUUGCCUCUGUAGCAGGAUGGCCCACUAACACCAGUGUCGGCACCGUCUUCUUUGGUCUUGCUCUCGCUAUCCUUUUCACUAUUCCUACUGGAAUCAUUUUUGCCACUACUGGUAUUGAAGUCGAGUUCAACGUCCUCGCUGAGUUCAUUGGAGGAGCAUGGCAGCCUGGCAAUGCCUUGGCAAUGAACUUCUUCAAAGGCUUUGGAUAUGUGACAGUAGCUCACGCCCUCGAUUUCGCCAAUGAUCUGAAGCUCGGUCAUUACCUUAAGAUUCCUCAGCGCCAGACUUUCUGGUGUCAGACAGUUGCCACCGUUGUCUCGGCGUUCGUUUGCACCGCAGUGAUGAACUUCCAGAUCCUCAACAUACCCGACAUCUGCCAACCUACCCAGAAGGAUCGCUUCACAUGCCCCGGUGUCGAGUCUUACUUUACCGCCGCCGUACUCUUUGGCUCUCUCGCACCUCAAAGAGUCUUUGGAGAAGGUGGCCUGUACACCGCUCUGCUCGCUGCAUUCCCAGUCGGAUUGGCCUUUCCCGUCAUCUACUACUACGCGACCCGCAAACUCCCCAAGACGCACUGGCUUGCAAAGCUUCAUCCCGUCGUCAUCUUUAGUGGCGGUCACAUCUGGUCUCCCUACAACCUGGCCUAUGUCUGGCCAGCUGUCAUUCCAGGAUGGAUCUCUUGGGUCAUCGUCAGAAAGAGAUACCUCCAGUUCUGGGGAAAGUACAAUUAUGUUCUUUCAGCAGCCUGGCAGACUGGAAUUGCUCUCGCUGCGGUGGUCAUCUUUUUCGCUGUGAGCUACCACGGGGCGUCGAUCAAUUGGAUCGGCAACAGUGCAGACAGUGGUUGUGAAGCCGAGACCUGCACCAGGCUCAAGGUUCCCAAUGGAACCUUCUUUGGGCCUCAGCCAGGAACCUUUGCCUAG